GACUUAUUGGCCAUAUACCCCUUCCAUUCAACUUCUUUAUGGGCUGAGAGCAGCUCUAGACCUUAUCUUUGAGGAAGGACUUGACAAUGUGAUAGCAAGGCACAAACGACUGGCUACCGCAACUAGGUUAGCAGUGAAGGCUUGGGGCUUGAAGAACUGCUCCCAGAAGGAAGAAUGGUUCAGUGACACAGUCACCGCUGUAAUUGUUCCUUCAAAUAUUGAUACUACAGAAAUCAUCAAAAGGGCAUGGAAACGAUACAACCUAAGCUUAGGUCUAGGACUCAACAAAGUUGCUGGAAAGGUCUUUAGAAUAGGGCAUCUUGGUCAUUUGAAUGAGUUGCAGUUACUGGGCUGUCUUGCUGGAGUGGAGAUGGUACUAAAAGAUGUUGGUUACCCAGUGAAUCUGGGCAGUGGAGUUGCAGCAGCUUCUUCUUACCUGCAGAGCACCACUCCCAUGAUUCCAUCUAGAAUUUAACUCAAGUGUGUUGUAUAUUUGUUUCUUCAUCUUCCUUACUACGCUCUUGCAAUAUUACAUUCUCCCUUCACUAUUUGAAGCACUUGUUCCUAUGGAGUCACUGUGGUGUAGUGGUAAAUGGUGAAACACUUCCUGCUUGGAGGUGUACUCAUUACUUUCGUAAGAUCCAAAUUUAGACCAUUUCUUCAAGGGAAAAAACUCUUGUCUAU